UGCAGAAAAACAUAACAUUUUUCGGCGAAGCAUACAAAGAUGGGUGUUACUAGGAAGCGCUCUGCCUCAGAGGCCCGAGGCGGCAAUGCGCGCCCGGAGAAGUCCUACCCGAAGAAGGAGUAUCCCAAGAAAGAAGGUGGUGAACAAAAGGCAAAGAAGACCGCUUUGAUUUUCGAUCCUAGACCAGACUGGUAUGCAACUGCUUUGUCCGAAUUGCCCGUGUCCACAUCCGCCCAACCGCCGUCGCAGAGACUGGUCGAAGAAAUCCACGACUACGCAUACACCCUGCUCGAAUCCGAGAACACAAGCUAUGCUGCAAACAACAACUCAGCCUCGUCCUCGCACAAGUUUUUGUCGACAAUCAUGGCUUCCGGUACUCUCGAGGAUAAAAUCUCAGCCUUGACCCUGCUGGUCCAGGAGUCGCCGCUGCACAACACAAAGGCUUUCGAGACAUUGCUUGGUCUGGCAAAGAAGAAGAGCAGAAAUCAGGCCCUUAUGGCUGUUGCUGCCAUCAAGGAUUUGCUCGGCCAGGGUGACGUCCUCCCUGGAGACCGCAAGCUGCGCGCUUUCACGAAACAGCCAGCUUUGGCCAAGAUUGUAGAGGAGCAUCACACUGUCUGGAGAGUUGGAAGCCCCUUGCCCAAUGGCCUCGAAAAGACUCAUCUCAUCUACUGGGCCUUCGAGGACUGGUUGAAGAAGCAGUACUUCGAACUUCUCAAGAUUCUGGAGAGUUGGUGUGGUGAUGAGGUUGAAUACGCAAGAAGCAGAGCAAUCACAUACGUCUGGGAGCUGUUGAGGGACAAGCCUGAACAAGAGGAGAACCUUUUGAGGUUGUUGGUCAACAAGCUCGGAGACAAGGACAAGAAGAUCGCGUCUCGCACAUCAUAUCUCUUGCUUCAACUGGAGAACACACACCCGGCCAUGAAGGGGAUUAUCGUGAACGCCAUCGAAACCGAAUCGCUCUUCCGUCCUGGACAAGCCGCUCACGCAAAGUACUACUCCAUCAUCACUUUGAACCAGACAAUCUUGAGUGUCAAGGAACCGGAAGUUGCUAACAAGCUCCUCGAUAUCUACUUCGGACUUUUCAUUCAAUUCUUGAAGCCUAGAUCGCAUGCUAAGGCCAAGGCCCAAAAGGUCCAAGGUGGUGGUGGAAAGGGUGGUAAGAUGGCGGCAAAGAAGGCAAAGGCUUUGGAACAGGCCGAUGCUGCUGACAGCGAGCUCAACGAGAAGAUGGUUACAGCAGUCUUGACUGGUGUCAACCGCGCCUUCCCCUUCGCCAAAACAGAUGACCCUACCUUCGAACAGCAUCUCGACACCAUCUUCCGUGUCACACACUCUUCCAACUUCAACACCAGUAUCCAGGCUCUGAUGCUCAUUCAACAAAUCUCUGCCACCAAGCACUUCUCCGCCGACAGAUUCUACCGCACCCUUUACGAAUCGCUCCUCGAUCCCCGUCUCAUCACUUCUUCCAAGCAGAUCAUGUACCUCAACCUUCUCUACAAGUCGCUCAAGUCAGACGUCAACGUCAAGCGUGUACAGGCUUUCGUAAAGCGCUUGUUACAGACCAUCACCCUGCACGAAGCACCUUUCGUGUGUGGUGUCCUGUAUCUGGUUAGCGAGCUUGAGGCUACAUUCCCUACCAUCAGGAACAUGAUUCGCGAGCCCGAAGCCGAUCCCGAGGACGAGGAGGAACACUUUGUCGAUGCGCCAGAAGACGGCGAGUCCAGACCUGAGGAAUCGACAAAAGAAGCCGCGACCCCCGCAGUUCGAUACGAUGCACGAAAGAGAAAUCCGGAACACAGCAAUGCCGAUCGCAGCGCACUCUGGGAGGUGUUGCCUCUGCUUUCUCAUUUCCACCCCUCUGUAGCAAUCUUCGCCGAAGCAUUAGUAAACCAGACAACACUGCCGCCCAAGCCAGACCCCACCAAGCAUACGUUGAUGCACUUCCUGGACCGGUUCGUCUACCGCAAUGCCAAAACCAAGGGAUCCACAACGACGCGUGGAGCGUCCAUCAUGCAGCCUAUGUCAGGAUCAAAUGCUGCUGACGUGCUCAUCAAGGACCGCGCGGACCCCACUCACCGCAUCCCUCUCAACUCGGACGCCUUCUGGAAGAAGAAGGUCGAGGACAUCGCAGCUGACGAGGUCUUCUUCCACGAUUACUUCACCAAGGUCAACAAUGCCAAGCCCACUAAGAAGGAUAAGAAGAAGCAGAAGGAUGCCGCCGACAGCGAUGCAGAAAGCGAUGCCGACGAAGACGAGAUCUGGAAGGCUCUCGUUGAAUCGAGGCCCGAGAUCGAGGGAGACGAUGACGACGACGAUGAUGACCUUGACAUGGAAGACCUUGAGGAAGGUUACUCGGACAGUGAAGGUGAUGAUGGUGUCGAGAUUGGCGAGUUCGCCGAAGACGACAUGGACGAGGCAGAUCUGGGAGAAGACAUGGACGAGGAUUUGGAAGACGAUGGCUUCGAAGGGUUGGAGAGUGGAGACGAAGACGCCAUGCUUGGCGACGACGAGGAUCUACCAUCCGACUUCGAGGGUCUGGGAGAUGAUAAGGAAGAAGAGGACACGAAGAAAGACGAAGCGGACAACAAGAAGAAAAAGAAGAGAAAGCUCAAGCACCUGCCGACAUUCGCAUCGAUGGACGAUUAUGCCAAGUUGCUGGGUGCAGACGACGAGGAUAUGUAGACG